CCAUGGCCAUCCCGUCACUCAACGACUUCCUCUCGGAAGACCAGAAGAAAAAAAACUGGUUCUUCGACUCCGUCACACCUCGCGGCUUCGCCUUCGACGGCUUCAUGCCAUGGGCUUCUAAGACUCCCUUUGGACGAGAAAAAACCAGAACCAAGGAUCCCGUGAGUCUAAUCCAGACUCCUGCUCAAUUAGCGAAGUAUCAACAUCUGCACAUCGCCCUGGCGGAAGGCUAUCAUCUGUCAGACAUCCUCAGACGGGUGACCUACUUAACAGGAGACGAGUCUUUGGUGGAUGAGUAUACGGGGAGAGUCAACAUAAGCGUAGAUCCUUCCCCUGUUCUGUCACGGCUGUCAGCUUCUUUGUCACGGCUGUCAGCACUGCUAGUACUGAGUGAUAAUAUUCAGCAACUAGAAAAUGUUGAGCCGACGGGGCAGCUUAUGGAUGUCAAAAAAGAAAUAUACCGCUUCCCAAGCGUAGCCGUCGACGUGCUGAGUAUCUGCUGUGGUAUUGCGAUUCCCAGUGUGUGGGGAAUUGUACAGGAGUUACAGAAGAAACAACGGAUUAGUCAGGAAGAUGCCCACCACUUGACUGUACUGAUCAGCAUCUCGGCGGAGCUGCGGUUAAGAACGUACAUCGCCAGCGGAGGACAAAAGGACAGACUGUCUCCUCUCACUGAGAUGAAAGUCGAACUGGAUAAACAUGACAUGGAUGACACGUUCGUUCCGUCAGUUUUCUACAUACCUGACUCAAAAAUGCUGUUCAGGUACUACUAUACUGCCAUUCCGUUAAAAACAUGUAUUAUUCAUACAGUUUAUAAGGAAAGUCGAACGACAAAGAUCUUUCAUAACGCAAUAUUUGAUAACUCAUCUCUAACGAGGGCCCGAAUUACAAGACAGCUAUUGUAUCUAGAUGCAUCCCUACGUCAGUGUGAAGCGGCUCUGGAAGAGGCAGGCAGUGACGAGAAGAAACAGUUGGAAAUACUUUCCGAGUUAGGAAUGGUGUUACAAAAUCGUGGUGAGUUUGAGAAAGCGAUGGGCUACUACAGACGGGCACUCACAGUUGAAAAUACUUUACAUGGUGAAAGCAAAGAGCAUCCCAACAUUGCCGCAUUGCUUGAAAGCAUUGGAUUCUGUAUGAGUCACCUUGGCGACCAAAGUGAAGCCCUCAUUUAUCUUGAACAGUCAAUAAAGAUGAAGAGAGCUAUCCAUGGCGAAACAACAGCACAUCCCGUUAUUGCUGGAUCACUCAACAACAUCGGAAACUGUUGGAAUCACCUUGGCGAUUUUAAGAAAGCUCUCAGGUAUUACGAACAGUCCCUGGAGAUGAUGAAAGCUAUCUAUAUUAAAACAACACCACAUCCCGAUAUUGCUUCUUUACUCAACAACAUUGGAAACUGUUGGAGUGAC